UAUUUUGAGGGAGUUUUAAGACAUCAUCAUAAUAUUGAAAUGACAACAGCUAUUGUAGAUAGCUAAGGAAGUGAAAGCGGAUCUAUUUAAAACCCAAACGUUUGCUUUUGGAGGAAUAUAGACUGAACACGUCAACAAAACGACAAGCAAAUGAGAAAGCUGUGGAAUUGUUGACAAAUAAACAAGAAUGUUAGCCCUGCUGUACUUCCUCUUUACCUUCACCUCAUUGGCUGCUUCAGUGGGGAAGACAGGAAGUGGCAGAGGUGGAACAGGAUGUAAGGCGGGCGCUGCAGCCCCCAUUCCGGUACUGCUGGUGUCGUUUGAUGGUUUCAGAGCUGACUAUCUCAGACGGUUCCCUCUACCCAACCUAAAGCUUCUGUACUCACAGGGAGUCCUGGUGGAACAGAUGACUAAUGUCUUUAUCACCAAGACCUUCCCCAACCAUUACAGCCUGGUGACAGGGCUGUAUGCAGAGUCUCAUGGUGUCGUAGCUAGCAAUAUGUAUGACCCCCCGACCCAGAAGCACUUCAUCACCUUCAACAACACCGACCCCUUCUGGUGGAACGAAGCCACGCCACUCUGGGUCACCGCACUGGAUUGUGGGUACAAGACGGGCGUGGCCAUGUGGCCGGGGUCAGACGUGGCGAUCAGGAACAGAACGGCGACUCACUUCAUACCCUACAACCCCUCUGUGACUUUUAGUCAACGCCUGGCCAACGUCACUCACUGGCUGACUGGGGGCCAGGGCAAAGGGGAGGAGCCAGUGUUGUUUGCAGCUCUGUACUGGGAGGAGCCAGACAGGACAGGUCACAUGUAUGGACCAGAAAACACCACCCACAUAGGACAGGCUCUUAAAGAGGUAGAUGACAAUGUGGGUCUGCUGGUGUCAGAGCUGAAGCGUGUGGGGUUGUGGGGGCAUGUCAACGUCAUCGUCACCAGCGACCACGGAAUGGCCCAGUGUUCCACUGAUCGCAUCAUCAGACUGGACGACUGUCUGCACCCUGACAACUACUCGGUAGUAGACCUAACCCCUGUCGCUGCUAUCAUACCCAACGGAGAUCCCAAGGCUGUGUUUUCCCUAUUGAGUGGUUGCCACGCCCACAUGACUGCGUACCUGAAGAAGGACAUCCCUGAUAGGCUGCACUACAGGAACAACGACAGGAUUCAACCAAUCAUAUUAGUCGCUGAUGAGGGAUGGACUAUCGUACAGAGGGGAGGGCUACCACAUCUAGGUGACCACGGCUAUGACAUCACUCUAUCCAGCAUGCACCCCUUUCUUGCGGCAGCAGGGCCAGGGUUCCUUCCUGGUUACAGACUCCCGCUGUUACAGAGUGUAGACGUCUACCCAAUAAUGUGUCAGCUGCUGGGGGUGCCACCGGCGCCAAACAAUGGAUCUCUGUCCCAGGCACGCUGCUUCCUGGCUGGGGAGGGCUGUGUCGACGUCCCCCUAGUGGUGGGACUGGUGGUGGGGGUACUGCUGGUUCUCACCACUCUCACUGGUCUGUUCAAGUUGUGGAGGCCACGGCGUCAGUCUUCCUCUCGUCCCUUCCAACGCAUCUUGAUACAGGACGAUGAUGAUGAUGAACCUCUGCUAGACUAAAGCAAUCAAUCACAGCUCCCAGCCCGACUAUACUGAUCAACCACAGAUCAGUAUGUCAUAACAACAAACCAAAGCUCACCACCAUGCUCCCAACAACCAAUCAGAACUCAAAUGGGAAUAAAUAGGGAAUAGAGUGUAAUUUCAGACACAGCCAUACUCUUUUACAAGAGUAAACAGAGCGCUAGUCAGAAUUCAGAUUUACACACUCCUCAUUCUGAGGUACAAUACUUAUGGCGUAUUCAAAUAAAUAUGUAAACUAUAAAUAAACUAAUAUUGAACCAUAAAUAGAUACAAAUAAAGAAAUAAGACACUAAAGAGAACAGUCAGUUGGGGUUACUUGAAUAUGUCUGUAUAAAGAGAAGCCAUCUAUAAUGAUAUAACACGUGUUAUAUAUUUGAAGAAAUGCUCUGUUUAUCUUUUUGUAAGACAAUCCUAAAAAGAAGAAUACAUGUUUGUUUGUUAAGAGAGCUUCUGGUAAAGGGAUGUAAAUCUGUAUUUUGAAGAGUUUAUUUCAUAAAGAGUACCGCUAUAUUGCAGUAGUAGCAGUAGUAAUUGUUUGAACAGCAGUGAUGGGUUUUAUUAGAUACUUUGUAGACUGCUGAGCCAGGGAGUGGAGUCAGAAACAGCACUGAAGCUAUGUGUCUGCCGUUUGUUAGUCAGUUAAUUUGAUUAUAGUUAGAAGUGUGUGUGUGUGUGUGUGUGUGUGUGUAGAUAAGCUUUAGCUCUGGUACUGUAUGGUUUCCUGUAGUGUUAAAAGGAGACAGACCUACUAUACUGUUAGAUUCAGGUCCUUUAUCUGAAAAUAAGUUAUUGAAGAAAAAUGUUACUUAUGGCUUCUGUUUGAGUUUGUCUGAUUCUCUGGUCAACCAUCUGUGUGCGUGUGCCUGCGUGUGUGUCGGUGUAGAGAAGUGGAAGAUCUGCUGUUACUAUGGUUACUAUACCAUUUUCAGUACUAUGAUUAAUAUGCUGUAACUAUGCUGUUAUUAUGGUUACUGUACUGUAACUCUAUUGUUACUAUGUCAACCGCCCGCCUCCAGGUGGCUACUGAACUGGUCCUCUAUGUGUUUCUGCUCAUGUUGUCAUUGACUGUCAUAUGAAAGUAUAACGUCAACCUAAAUGUUAGGUGUCCA